UGAGUAAGUUUUUGAUAGCAUUCAGUAGCUAUCAAGCAGUCCCAUAAGAAGUGCAAGAUGAGAUUUCUGAUCGCUUUCGCCGCCGUCCUCGGCUUUGCCUCCGCUGGACUGAUUGCCCCCCUAGUCUACACCGGAAACGCGGGUGAUGCUCAAGCUGCAGCUAUCAAUGCUAAUGUAGCCGCUAACGACUACGCUCGUAAUAUAAUCGAGAAACAAUCUCUUCUCGAGGAAGACGUGCUCCGCAACAACAACGCUGCCAUCCGUCGCGCAAUUGAUACCGGCAGGGAUCUACAUGAACGCGCCUACUGGGGUGACGUUGUUGCCUCACAAAACUACAUCGCAGCUGCCCAAUCCCAAGCCGCUGGGUUAGACGGUGCCGCAGCUGGUGCCCGUGCCGCAUACCAAUCUGCCCAACUCUCCUCUAUUGCCCCUCUGGGUUACGCCGGCUACGGUGCUCAUGGCAUCGCCCCCUACGGCCUCCGGGCUUGGUAAAUAAAAUACUUACAGCUAAACGUUAAGGACUUACUUGGGAAGCAGAUGGAUUGCGACAAAUAUUAAGGUUGGCAGUCAUUAAAAACGCCUCCACCUGCUUCUCGAUAUUAUCAAUAGAAAAACAAAUUAUAUAGAGCGAUCUAUGCCAAAGUGCAAAUAAAACACGUUCAAUACAAUUGCCGUUUUCAUCCAUCCUGUUGUUAGGCAGUUUGCAUCAAUAUUAAUACUGCAUCUAAUUAACUCAAUGUUAAAUAACGCUUCAGAAGUGCUCAGUUACAUCCUGGACGUUGAUCUCGUCUUUUGUUUUUUUUAUUCACAGAAAGGCUAAUAAAGAUUUGACAUAAAACAA